AUGAGUACUCUGAACUCCCGCUUCAAAAGCCUUGGAUUUGGUUCCAAACGGAAAUCAAGCGCCAACCCUCCCGCGCCCACUAUCACACAAAACCCCACCCCCCCUGCACCUCUCUCUGGCCGACCCAUCCCCUCAACAGCCUCGCCGGCUUCCUCGACGACNACACAAAACCCCACCCCCCCUGCACCUCUCUCUGGCCGACCCAUCCCCUCAACAGCCUCGCCGGCUUCCUCGACGACCAGUCUUCCCAUGAAUCACCCCGGCGUUGGUGGACGCCCACCGAGCUAUACCAAUAACUACGCACCCGCUCCUGCUGGCGUGGGCCGCACUCAGAGUCCUUUAAAUAACGGACAACCACGCACACCGCCGACCCAGAUGAUGGGCGGUCCUCCUCCGAUCAAUACUGCAUCAUCUGGUUAUCCUCCUGGACACCCUCAACAACAAAUGGGUCCUCCACCUUCAGCUGGACAACAGUACGGGGCGCCGCCGCAAUACGGUGCCCCUCCCCAAGUGAACAACAGCAUGGCGGCUGCUCAAUAUGCCAACAGAGGCGCUGUCGAAGUCGAGGGUGCUGGCAGGAGUAAAGCGCAACUGAUUGUCGGUAUUGAUUUUGUAAGCAUAACAUGUCCCCACAAUGGAGUCAAUUCUAACCCGUCCAGGGAACAACCUUUUCUGGUGUAGCCUUUGCUUUUGCUACGAACACAGAGGCAAAAGAAGACAUCAUCACAGAGUGGCCUGGCGCCGGUUCUUACACAAAACAAAAGGUGGGCGGGGUUGCCUGGAUCCCAUUUCUGACAGUUAGCUAAUCUUUUCAGAUUCCUACUGUUUUAUACUAUGAUCAAUAUCAAAAGGUGGUCGGCUGGGGGCCUGAUAUUGCUGAUGCUCUUGCGCCAACUGGCUAUCCCAAGCCAGGUGUGCAAAAGGUUGAGUGGUUCAAGUUGCAGCUGAUGCUUUCUGGUAACACCUAUAUCGAUCCCAUUAAUCUCCCCCCUCUACCUCCGGGAAAAUCAGAAAUCGAUGUUGCAGCAGACUAUCUAUUCAAGCUUCGACAAGCCAUGCGAAAUCAACUGCAAAAGACGCUGGGAGAGGUUUUCAACCGAGAGGAGCGGAAUAUUCGGUAUUAUCUGACUGUUCCAGCCAUUUGGAAUGAUGCUGGAAAGGCCGCCACCCGUGCCGCAGCGAUUCAAGCUGGAUUCCUCCGCGACGAAAAUGAUAAUCGAUUAACGCUGAUUACGGAACCAGAAGCUGCCGCUCUCUUCUGUUCGAAGGCUGGUCUUUUGAACCUCAAGGUACACGAUGCAGUAUUGAUUGUGGAUUGCGGUGGUGGAACGGUCGAUUUGAUCGCUUACGAGGUCGAGGAAGAGUCUCCAUUCACGGUGUCUGAAUGCACAGCAGGUUCUGGGGAUUCUUGCGGAUCAACUGCCCUGAACAGAAACUUUAGCAACAUUCUGAGAACGAAAAUCCGCAAAAUGAAACUGCCAGAUGGAUCCAAGACUGCUGGAAGAGUUUAUGCGAAAUGUAUCAUGGAUUUUGAGAACAGAAUCAAGGCAGAUUUCCGAAACAACAACCAAAAAUGGGCUGUGGACGUUGGUAUUGAAGCCGAAUUCCCUGAAGCUGGUAUCGAAGAAGGGUAUAUGACAUUCACCAACGAGGAAAUUCUACAGUGUUUCGAGCCAGUCGUCAACCGCAUUCUGGAAUUAGUGCGAAACCAGAUAAUCGCCAUCCAAGCACAAAACCGAACAUUACAGAACGUCCUGGUUGUUGGUGGGUUCGGUGCCUCGGAAUAUCUGUUCCAACAAAUUAAACUUCACGUACCACCUCAAUUCCAGUCCAAGGUUGUCAGACCCAUGGAUUCUGUAGCGGCUAUUGUCAAGGGUGCGGUUACCGCAGGUAUUACUGAGCGAGUCGUCACAUCCCGUGUGGCUCGUAGACAUUACCUCAUGGCAACACUUCAACCUUUCAAGGAAGGUCACCACCCCGAAGCAUACCGUGUUCCCUCAUUGGAUGGAAAGGAUCGAUGCAAGUUUACCAGACAAAUUUUCGUUCAAAAGGGUCAAAGAGUCAAGAUUGGAGAGCCUGUCAAGGUUUCAUUUUUCCGUCAAGUUGCUCCAGGUGCCACUCUGAUGUACGAGGAUAUCUUGUAUGCAUGUGAUGAUGAUGUGUGCCCAGAAUAUACCAAGGAUCCACGUAAGUAUAUCCUCUGAUACAUAAAUAAAGCUUGAGCUAAUCAAUGUUACAGGUGUCAAAGAAGUCGUCACUCUCACCUCUGAUCUGUCGCGGAAAAAUCUCGAAAAGGACUUUGAGCGAAUGGAUACUCCACAAGGUACCUUUUACCGAGUUUACUUUGACAUCUACCUCACCCUGGACGGAUCGGAAUUCAACGCCGAGUUGGUCUGUCAGGGAGAGGUGAUGGGACGUUGCACUUCAAGAUUUAAGUGAUCUCAUUUCUUCUAGACGGGGAGUACAUGACCUUUUCUGCGGUUUUUUUCCUUUGCAGGCGAUUUAGUUUUCUCUUUCUUUUUACAAAUAUAAAAAAGAAACGAAUUUCUUUUUUCAUAGUUUUUUAUUUUGGGGACGGGGGGACAGUACAGACGGAUGAUGAAGGAAAGAUAGCGAGCGUAUCGUGCAUCAGUGUGGUUUUUGAGGAUGGAUACCAGUGUUGUGGAAGAGGAAAGACGGAGCUUUUCAUUUGUUUCUACUUUUUCGAGAAGGACAGAAGGACAGAUUUGGUAAAGGGGAUUCUUCAAAGAGCGGACUGGUGGUAUGGUUGGUUUACUCUGGAUAUUGGGGAUGAGUUGAUUUGUGAGGGGAGCAGGGGGGAAGUCACUCAAUGGAUGGACUGGAGGAAUUUGAAUUUAAAUUUGACUGUGGCGGUGUUGAUGUGAUGAUGAAUUGGGAUGGAUGAUG